AGGAGAUUGAACUAGAUGACCCUCAAGGCUGUUUUCCAACCCUGGGAUUGUACGGUAAAUGAGAUUUUAGUUCUUGGAUAUUUCAAUUAAAUGGGCCACCCAGGAAACCUCUCCCCCAAAGUACCUCCAUUAUGAUCCAGCUACAUCUCGUCAACUGAUGUGUGACCUGUGCCCUCCUGGAACAUAUUUAAAACAGCACUGUACAGCUACAAGGAAAACUGAAUGCUCACCAUGUCCAGAUCAGUACUACUCCGAGGACUGGAACAGCAAUGAUGAAUGCCAAUACUGCAGUGUGGUAUGCAAAGAGCUACAGUAUGUUAAGCAAGAAUGCAACAGCACACAGAACCGCAUCUGUGAAUGCAUUGAAGGGAGAUAUCUCGACCUAGAAUUUUGUUUAAAACACACAGAAUGUCCUCCUGGAUCUGGUGUUGUCCAACCAGGUACCCCUGAGAGUGACACCAAUUGUAUGAGAUGUCCAGAGGGAUUUUUCUCAAAUGAAACUUCAUCCAAAACACCCUGUAAGAAGCACACAAACUGUAGUGCGCUAGGCCUUAAAACAGCAUCAAAAGGAAAUGCAGUUCGUGACAACGUGUGUCAGGGAAACGGCGAUGCAUCAGCUCAAAAAUGUGGAAUAGAUGUAACCCUGUGUGAGGAAGCAUUGUUCAGAUUUACUGUUCCAACCCAACUCUCCCCUAACUGGCUGAACAUACUAGCAGACAAUUUGCCUGGCACAAAGAUUACUGCAGAAAAUAUAGAAUGGAUUAAACAAAGACAUAGUUCUCAAGAACAGGCCUUCCAAUUGUUGAAAUUAUGGAAGCAGCAAAACAAAGAACAAGAUAUGGUCAAGAAGAAAAUUCGAGAUUUUGAUCUUUGUGAAAAUAGUGUCUUAAAACAUGUUGGCCAACUUAAUCUCUCCUUUGAACAUCUCAACAUCUUGAUGGCAAGUUUACCAGGAAAGAAAGUGGGAAAAGAAGAUAUUGAGCAUACCAUGAAGCUGUGUACACCUACACAACAAAUCCUAAAGCUCCUCAACCUGUGGAGAGUAAAAAAUGGAGAUCAAGAUACUAUAAACGGCCUCAUGUUUGGGUUGAAGCACUUGAAAACGUAUCACUUUCCCAAAACAACAAUCCAAAGUCUGAAGAAGGUUGUCAAGGUUCUUCACAGGUUUACAACGUAUAGAGUCUCCCAGAAAUUAUUUUCAGACAGGGUAGGGAACCAAGUUAAAAUGGUGAAAAUGAGAAGUGUUUAAUUCAAGAUGUUUUUCAUUUAUUCUCCAGUGACUACUUCCCCCUAAUUACUGCUAGCAGUAAUUAAACUGGAACAUUAUUUCCCCUACCUUAUGUCUAACUAUUUAUAGAAAUUCCUGACUGGAACAGCUCUAAGGUGUCAGCUAUGAGGUUGAGCGUUUUUUUGGUUGGGGGGGGGGGGUUUGGGCAGGGAAGGGUGUUUAUUUGUUUUUUGUUACAAAGUCACUCUACAAAAGCUACUAAUCUGUUGAUAACACUAAGAUGCUGAUUAUGCUUCUUAGCUCAUCCAAAAUAGAAAAGUUCCACUAAAGCCAUUGCAUGAGAAUGCAAUGGGCCAGGCUCUAAUAAAGUAUUUACUAUUUAUAUUCUUUGAGUAAUAAGAGUUUUUGUUGUACAUAUUUAUUAACUUAAAUAAAAACUAUAUGAUUUAAUUUGAGAGAGAAAUUUAAAUGUAUGCUAUAUAUUUUCUAGCUAGACAAAAAUGAUCAAAUAUAUUUUUCAGCAGAAAUUUUGUAAUUUUUCCUAAAGGCCCUUAAUUUCUUUGCUAUGUGAGGUUUUUUUAAUUGUUACUUAGAUUUGUCUGUAUAAGUUGUGAUAUCUUUUGGUAGCUGUUGUCUAAUUUAUCCAAUGUUUUAAUCCAAAUAGAAGAAAUAUACCAUAAAUGACCUGAAUAUUUAAAUAUUCUGUGAGAAAGUGAAUGUACCAUAUUUAAAAGCUGGAUUUUUGAAAGGAUUCCAUAAUCUUAUUUGAUAAACAAUUAAACAGUUUUCA